CCCAAACCGUUUCGUCCAAGGUAGGACCAAGACCAAACCAGUGUGCUACUAUCCACCGAGCUCGCCGUUGCUCGGCGGGCGAUUUCCACUGAUCCGGAUCAAUCAAAUAUGGCGAUGUUGAGAGCAUACCGUUGUGGCUCAUACAGAUCAUUGAUGCCUCAAUUCAUGGAAAUGCUGCGUUAUGAUUGUUUAAGGGCAUUUUCAACCUCGUUCAGGGAGGAGAAAGAUACAUUAGGAACGGUGCUCGUUCCUGAUGACAAGUUGUGGGGUGCUCAGACUCAAAGAUCAUUGCAGAACUUUGAAAUUGGUGGCGAGAGUGAGCGAAUGCCUGAGCCGAUUAUUCGGGCUUUUGGGAUCCUUAAAAAAUGUGCUGCAAAGGUGAACAUGGAGUAUGGGCUGGAUCCAUCUAUAGGGAAAGCAAUAAUGCAGGCAGCCCAAGAAGUGGCUGAGGGGAAGUUGAAUGACCAUUUUCCUCUUGUCAUAUGGCAGACAGGCAGUGGGACUCAAAGUAACAUGAAUGCCAAUGAGGUAAUUGCAAAUAGAGCAGCUGAGAUUCUUGGCCACAAACGGGGUGAAAAGUUCGUGCACCCAAAUGAUCAUGUCAACAGAUCACAAUCAUCAAAUGACACAUUUCCGACAGUCAUGCACAUUGCAGCAGGAGUUGAAAUAAAUUCAAGAUUUAUACCAAAAUUAAAGCAAUUGCAUACUUCACUUCAUUCCAAGUCCCUUGAAUUCAAAGACAUUAUUAAGAUUGGACGGACCCACACCCAAGAUGCCACACCUUUAACCCUUGGGCAAGAGUUUAGUGGCUAUUCAACUCAAGUAAAGUAUGGAAUCGAUAGAGUCAUGUGUACACUACCUCGCAUGUAUCAGUAUCUUGCUCAAGGUGGAAUGGCUGUAGGCACAGGAUUGAACACUAAGAAAGGAUUUGAUGUAAAAAUUGCUGCUACGGUAGCUGAGGAGACUAAUCUGCCUUUCAUAACAUCUGAGAACAAGUUUGAAGCUCUGGCUGCACAUGAUGCUUUUGUUGAGACUAGUGGGGCCCUGAAUACAAUUUGUGCUUCUCUUAUGAAGAUUGGAAAUGAUAUAAGACUUUUAGGAAGCGGCCCACGCUGUGGCCUUGGUGAACUUACACUUCCUGAUAAUGAACCAGGCAGCAGUAUCAUGCCUGGAAAGGUCAAUCCAACACAGUGUGAGGCUCUGACUAUGGUCUGUGCUCAGGUUAUGGGAAACCAUGUGGCCAUUACAGUGGGUGGAUCAAAUGGUCAUUUUGAGCUCAAUGUAUACAAGCCGCUGAUUGCUAGCGGCCUCUUACGUUCUCUGCGGUUGUUAGGGGAUGCAUCUGCCUCCUUUGAAAAGAACUGCAUAAGGGGAAUCCAAGCCAAUCAAGAAAGGAUCUCAAAAUUACUACACGAGUCACUGAUGCUUGUUACAUCUUUAAACCCUAAAAUCGGCUAUGAUAAUGCUGCAGCGGUUGCCAAGAAAGCUCACAAGGAGGGAACCACUCUUAAGCAUGCAGCAUUAAACCUAGGGGUGCUCACAAGCGAGGAGUUUGAAAAACUUGUUGUACCCGAGAAGAUGAUCGGCCCAUCUGAUUGAAACAGAAGAGUGGUAACACUCUUAUGAACUCUUCUUUGAAAUCCCAAGAUUAUUUGCAUGAUGGUGGUGGAAAUUGAAAAGCUAAUAAGGCUAUAUUAUCUUCAGCCUCGGAUAAUUAGGAUAAAAGAUUUUGUUUGAGUUGAGUAUUUUCUUCACCAGUGAGCAGUUCCCUGGAUCAAUAACAACAGUCCAUCCCUUACAGUUUUGGUAAUAGGAAGAGCACCAAACCAUAGGAAAUCAUGUUGUGGUAAAUUAAAAUGAAAGAUUGAUUUUUUGAGAAUUGUUUUUCUUUGUUUGUCUAAAUUUUUUUGUAUUUUUUGUAUUUUUUUUGCCUUGGUAGGAUAAAUUGUUGUAUUGUGGAAGACAUGAAAAUUGAAUGGUAGCAAUCAAGACCAUAGUAUUAAAAGAUCUGCAGAAGAGAAAAUGACAUUGAGACUCUGCAAGUAUUGCUCAA